AUGUGUUACUUUGCAAGGACUGAUUACCGCUGUGGAGACUGGAGAUGGGGUAAUAUGAAAGUGCGAUGCCCACGCCAGCCUCGUAUCGGAGAAACGUGUGGCGCCAAACUGGUGGACACGGAAAAUGUGACCAGGAUCGACGACGAUUGCCGGAUCUGCCAGGAGAUCAUCAUCAAGCAGAGAAGGCUGCAGCGAGAGAGGGACAACAUCCGGCGCUGGAGCCUUGAAGGCGACAGGUUCCGGGCCAGCAUUGAGAGGGCUGAACGCGAAGCAAAACAGCUCGAGGAGACCAUCGAGGAGUUGCGCCGCCGGCGGGUUUCCGUCAUCAUGAGUCCUCAGACCUGGCAAUCCCAGCGCCGAGACAUCUCGACGAUGCAAAUCCCGCCCAAUAUCUGA